ACAGCACAAACCAGAGCUGCUGGACCGGAUGAUGAACCCCGCUCCAGUGAGGACAGCCUCUUCAACAUAAUACUUCACCCAUUCACACACACUUUCAUUCGAGCUUUAAACAUUCACACGCUGACGGCUCAGCAUCAGGACCAGUUUGUAUCGACGGAUGUGGUGGAGUACAAGCAGGAAGCAGCCUAAAGUGGAAAUACUCAAAUCAAAGUGUGUGUGAGCUGAUGUGAGUUCAGCAGCAUGAAUCCACGUGAGGACAGAGAGGAGGGGGUCCGUCCCUCUGAAACCGGUCUGUGGGGGGGACAUGACGGCCAGACCAAAGCUCAGAGGCCAGAGCAGCAAGACACACCAGACUCUGCUGGACCUGGACCUGAGCCUGGACCUGAGCCUGGACCUGAGCCUGGACCUGAACCCAGCUGUGUGUCCUUAAGGAGUAACUUCUCCAUGGAUCCACCACUUCUUUUCAAAGGACGAGCUUUACCAAUGAGAGAGCCAGAGCAGCAGGACACGCCAGACUCUGCUGGACCUGAACCUGAACCCAGCUGUGUGUCCUUAAAGAGUGACGUCUCCAUGGAACAACCACUUCUUUUCAAAGGAGGAGCUUUACCAAUGAGAGACCCAGAGCAGCAGCACACACCAGACUCUCCUGGACCUGGACCUGAACCGGAGACUGAACCCAGCUGUGUGUCCAUAAAGAGUGACGUCUCCAUGGAUCCACCACUUCUUUUCAAAGGACGAGUUUUACCAAUGAGAGAGCCAGAGCAGCAGCACAACCCAGACUCUGCUGGUCCUGGACGUAGACCUGAGUCUGGACCUGAAGCCAGAUGUGUGCCCAUCAAGAGGAAAAGUUCAAAUGAGUUAAUUACUGCAUUGAAACAAAGACGUUUAUCUGACACAAAGAUCCAUCAGAGACGAGACUCUGCUGGACCUGGACUCGCCUGUGUCUCCUUCAAGAGUGAACCGUCAAAUAAUCACCUCAGAAAACCCUCCACUGCAAAUAGAGUCCACCAGAAGAGCUCAGAGGUUCCCAGUGGUCAGUCUGCCCAGCAGCAUCAGACUCACCUGGACUCCAUAUUUAUGCUGCUGGAGGAGAACAUUGUCACUUUUGUGAAGGACGAGCUGAAGAAGAUGAAGAAGGUUCUGAGUUCAGAUAACCCAGAGAGUCAGAGGGAGGAUGAGGAGGUGUCGGAUGGUGAGGAUGAAGAGCAGAAGAGGAGCAGCAGAGAGGCAUUUCUGAAGAUCACACAGCACUUCCUGAGGCGGAUGAAGGAGGAGGAUCUGGCCGACUGUCUGCAGAGCAGAAGUCCUGCUUCCGGUUAUGAAGGUAAACUUAAAUCGAACCUGAAGGAGAAGUUCCAGUGUGUGUUUCAGGGGGUUGCUAAACCAGGAAACCGGACCUUCCUGAAUCAGAUCUACACAGAGCUCUUCAUCACAGAGGGGGGGACUGGACAGGUCAAUGAUGAACAUGAGGUCAGACAGAUUGAAACAGCAUCCAGGAAACCACACAGACCAGAAACAACAAUCAGACAUGAAGAUGUCUUUAAACCCUCACCUGGAAGAGAGGAACCAAUCAGAACAGUGAUGACGAAGGGCGUGGCUGGCAUUGGGAAAACAGUCUUAACACAGAAGUUCACUCUGGACUGGGCUGAAGACAAAGCCAACCAGGACAUACAGUUCGUGUUUCCCUUCACCUUCAGAGAGCUGAACGUGCUGAAAGAGAAAAAGUUCAGCUUGGUGGAGCUUGUUCAUCAAUUCUUUCCUGAAACCAAAGAAGCAGGAAUCUGCAGGUUUGAACAGUUCCAGGUUGUCUUCAUCUUUGAUGGUCUGGAUGAGUGUCGACUUCCUCUGGACUUCACCAACAAUGAGAUCCUGACUGAUGUUACAAAGUCCACCUCGGUGGAUGUGCUGCUGACAAACCUCAUCAAGAGGAAACUGCUUCCCUCUGCUCGCCUCUGGAUAACCACACGACCUGCAGCAGCCAAUCAGAUCCCUCCUGAGUGUGUCGACAUGGUGACAGAGAUCAGAGGGUUCACUGAUGAACAGAAGGAGGAGUACUUCAGGAAGAGAUUCAGACAUAAGAAGCAGGCCAGCAGAAUCAUCUCCCACAUCAAGACAUCACGAAGCCUCCACAUCAUGUGCCACAUCCCGGUCUUCUGCUGGAUCACUGCUACAGUUCUGGAGGAUUUGAUCAAGACCAGAGGGGAAGGAGAGCUGCCCAAGACCCUGACUGAGAUGUACAUCCACUUCCUGGUGGUUCAAGCCAAGCUGAAGAAUGUCAGGUAUGAUGGAGGAGCUGAGACAGAUCCACACUGGACUCCAAGGAACAAGAAGAUGAUUGAGUGUCUGGGAAAACUGGCUUUUGAGGAGCUGCAGAAAGGAAAACUGAUCUUCUAUGAAUCAGACCUGACAGAGUGUGGCAUCGAUAUCACAGAAGCUUCACUGUACUCGGGAGUGUUCACACAGAUCUUUAAAGAGGAGAGAGGACUGUACCAGGACAAGGUGUUCUGCUUCGUCCAUCUGAGUGUUCAGGAGUUUCUGGCUGCUCUUCAUGUCCAUCUGACCUUUAUCAACUCUGGAGUCAAUCUGCUGUCAGAGGAACAAGCAACUUACUUGUGGUCUGAAACCAGAAAAGACAAAUCUGUAGAGACAAGCCUACACCAAAGUGCUGUGGACAAGGCCUUACAAAGUCAAAAUGGACACCUGGACUUGUUCCUCCGAUUCCUCCUGGGUCUUUCACUGCAGACCAAUCAGACUCUCCUACAAGGCCUGGUGACUCAGACAGGAAGUGGAUCAAAAACCAAUCAGUUAACGGUCGAGUACAUCAAGAAGAAGAUUGAAGAGACUCACUCUCCAGAGAAAAGCAUCAAUCUGUUCCACUGUCUGAAUGAACUGAACGAUCGUUCUUUAGUGAAUCAGAUCCAACAGUCCCUGAAUUCAGGAAAACUCUCUGCAGAUAAACUGUCUCCUGCUCAGUGGUCAGCUCUGGUCUUCAUCUUACUGUCAUCAGAAAGAGAUCUGGAUGCAUUUGACCUGAAGAAAUUCUCUGCUUCAGAGGAGGCUCUUCUGAAGCUGCUGCCGGUGGUCAAAGCCUCCAAGAAAGCUCUACUGAGCGGCUGUAACCUCUCAGAGAGAAGCUGUGAAGCUCUGUCCUCAGUUCUCAGAUCCCAGUCCUCCAGUCUGAGAGAGCUGGACCUGAGUAACAACAACCUCCAGGAUUCAGGAGUGAAGCUGCUGUCUGCUGGACUGAAGAGUCCACAGUGUACACUGGAAACUCUCAGGCUGUCAGGCUGUCUGAUCACAGAGGAAGGUUGUGCUUCUCUGGCCUCAGCUCUGAGAUCCAACCCCUCUCAUCUUAGAGAGCUGGACCUGAGGUACAAUCAUCCAGGAGACUCAGGAGUGAAGCUGCUGUCUGCUGGACUGGAGGAGCCAAACUGGAGACUGGAUACUCUCAGGUUGGAGCCUGCUGGAGUCAGAUGGCUAGGACCUGGUCUGAGGAAGUAUUCCUGUGAAUUCACACUCGACACGAACACAGUACACAGAAGGAUCAAACUGUCGGACGGCAACAGGAAGGUGACAUAUCUGGAGGAGGAUCAGUCAUAUCCUGAUCAUCCAGACAGGUUUGACCGUUGGCCUCAGCUGCUGUCUAGAAAUGGUCUGACUGGUCGCUGUUACUGGGAGGUCGAGUGGAAAGGAGAGGUUUUUAUAUCAGUGAGUUACAAAGGAAUCAAAAGGAAAGGAGACAGUGAAGACUGCGAGUUUGGAGGGAGCGAUCAGUCCUGGAGUCUCAACUGCUUUGAUGGAGGUCGUUACACUGCCUGGCACAAUAACAACGGAACAUCCAUGACCUCCAUCUCCCCGUCCUCCUCCGCCUCCAACAGAGUAGCAGUGUAUGUGGACUGUCCUGCUGGCACUCUGUCCUUCUACAGAAUCUGUUCUGACACACUGAUCCACCUCCACACCUUCAGCACCAGAAUCACUGAACCUCUUCAUCCUGGCUUUGGGUUUGAGUUCUGGUCCAGUUCUGGUUCCUCUGUGACUCUGUGUUCUCUGUAGAAUGUAGACCAGUUGAGUCUGUACAGGAUCACAAUAGUAAUAGUUCCAAGUGCUACCAAAGGCAACUGGACUUGUGAGCCAUGGUGUUAAUCAUGUGACCUUCAUGACUCACAUGAUAGCUGGGCGAAUCUAUGAUCCUGCAAGAGGGUCAAUACCUGAGACUUCCUACUAGUUAGUUAGAAAUGAAGAAGCCUCUUGGAUGAUUGGCAAAAUGUCUUUUAGAACCAAAAGCAAGUCCAGUUGCCUUUGAAGCCCUUUGAAGAACCACGACCUGGAUGAAUGAGAAUCUUCACCGACAGUUCGUCAGUGAUCUUUGUCCAAAAUCAUUCAAAACUAGAAGGGCACUGCGAGAGCAUAUCCCUCUUUUAGGCCAGUAGUCCUCUCUUCUCACAAACUUCUCGAUCGUUUGUUCUUCGUAAAGCUCAUUUGUCCUAAUGACCUCUGGGUGAGUUCACUGCAUACAAUUCAGACUUUGAUGUUCGUACGACUAUAAUUAACUUCAUGAUAUGUGUGUAUUCCUUUUAUUCCUUGGUGGUGGUAAUGACUGAAAUGAUUGCUCAUUUACUUUGUGAACGUCUCCCACUUCCAGUCCUUUUAAAGAUGGAAGCUGUGGUCAUUGUUUUAUGGAAAUGGUAUUGACUGAACAUUUUGUCCUGUGUCGUUUUGUAUUCUGGCUCUUGUUUAAAUAAAACCAGAACAUUA